AUGCAUACCCAAGCAUCCACCGUAUCGACCAAUGGAUCUACUUUCACGGUCUCGAAUCCAUGGCGAGACAGAAUCCUAAGAGGCGAGGUCUGCUCAGUCAUGUCUUGCAAGUUCUUCGUCAGCAACGAGGUUGCGAUGAUGGUCAAGAUGGCUGGAAUUGACGGCAUGUUCAUCGACAUGGAGCACUCUGUUCUGACCAUUCGCGACGUAUCACAACUCAUCCUCGCAUGCAACUACGUUGGUGUCAGUCCCAUUGUCCGCAUUCCAUCCAAAUCACAUUGGCAACUGAGCCGGAUCCUGGAUGCGGGUGCAGCUGCUGUCGUCAUUCCUCACUGCGAAACCGUCCAGCAUAUCAAGGACAUUGUCCGGGAUUCGAAGUAUGCUCCCCUCGGCAUUCGCGGAUGCGCCAACAAUCAACCUAUUCUCAAUUUCCAAACAGUACCCACACUGGUGCAGAACGAUCUACUCAACCGUGAGACCAUGGUGAUCCCUAUGAUCGAGACACCUGGCGCGGUCGAGCUUGCUGACAAAUUCUUCGCCGUUGAUGGCGUGGACGGCAUCCUAGUCGGCUCCAACGAUCUCUGCACAGAUCUCGGCAUUCCAGGCCAAUACGACAAUCCUCUUUACAUUCAAUCGGUAGAGAAGAUCAUCGCUGCUGGAGUCAAGGCGGGAAAGCCUAUUGGUAUUGGAGGUAUCGGCGGUCGUCUCGAUCUGCUGGAGCGCUUCUUCUCGCUCGGUGCAACAUGGUCACUAAGUGGUGGUGACGGAUCAAUCCUGCAAGCCGGUAUGAACAAGCUUGGUAAGGCUUAUGCAGAGAUCGAUGGCCGGGUACAGGCGUCUCGCAUGAAUGGCAAGGUAGCGAAUUGA